AUGUUGAUGCCCAAGGCUGACCGCAAGAAGAUCCACGAGUACCUCUUCCGAGAGGGUGUCCUCGUCGCCGCGAAGGACUUCAACCUCCCCAAGCACCCCGACAUCGACACGAAGAACCUUUUCGUCAUCAAGGCUCUCCAGUCGCUCAACUCGCGCGGCUACGUCAAGACCCAGUUCAGCUGGCAAUACUACUACUACACCCUCACCCCCGAGGGUCUCGAUUACCUGCGCGAAUGGCUCCACCUGCCCGCUGAGAUCGUUCCUGCCACCCACAUCAAGCAGCAGCGAUCCCACGCUCCCCCCCGCGGCAUGCUCGGCGAGCGCGAGCGCGAGCGCAAGCCGUUCGGCGGCCGUGGCCGUGGUGGUGACCGGGGUGACCGUGAGGGUGGCUACCGCCGCCGGGAGGCUGGUGGUGAGGGCAAGGAGGGUGGUGCGCCUGCCGGCUUCGAGCCGCAGUUCCGUGGUGGCUACGGCCGUGGCCGUGGUGCCGCUCCCCCCUCGUAA